GACUGGUAAUGUAGUUUUAAUCCUUUCUUUUGGAUGUACUUCAGCUGGAGUUGGUUGUUCUGGCCAUGGUUUGUAGCUAUAGCCCUUGCUUUAUAUGGUUUGUAUGCUUUUAGAAAGCAUUCGAUUGGUGAAGCAAGCAUUGUAGAGCAACUUGCAAUUGUUACUUCAGUAUUCACUUGGCUAACUCUAGUACCCCCUGCUUAUUUCAAUGGAUAUCUUGAAGGUUGGCCCUUUAUCUUCUUCUUUGUAUACCACUAUUUCUUUUUCUUCAAUGUUAGUGUAAGAAAACGAUUGUACGGAGAUUAUUAUGCCCGUCCAUAUGAUCCUAAGUGGGAUGUGAACCCACCCAAAUGGUAUCGCCUUUUGUUCUGUGUUGGAGUCAUGGUUGGGCACUGGCUCGCUGCAUUUGAAGCUCCAGAGUUUCAUCGAGUCCCAGGAGGUUGGAGCAACAUUGGAGUGUGGAUACUGAUUGUGGUAACUCUUUUGAUGCAAUAUAAUUCAACAUUGUAUCUUGCGAAGUAUUCAGAGAAGAUAGUGGUGCCAACUGCUGUUGUCCAAUUUGGGCCAUACAGAUGGGUUCGGCAUCCGAUAUACGCAUCUACAAUGCUGUUAUUUGCAACUUAUUGCCUUGCACUUAGAGCACCUCUUAGCUUGUUAUUCAAUGUAGCAGUUUGUUUGCUGUAUUAUGAGCAGAAAGCAAAUUUGGAGGAGGUUCUAAUGGUAGAGACUUUUGGAGAGAGCUACUUGGAGUAUGCGAGUAAAGUUAGGUGGAAAUUCAUACCUUUUGUGUACUAGCUGCAAACAGAACCUAUUAAAGGAACAGAGUUGAUGCAUGAACCAACUUGCUUAGAUCCUCCAUGUUAGCAACUGGUAACCAACAUUCCAAUGAUUGAUAAGGUCUGCAUGUUGACACUAUGGGACAUGUUCAGACAUAGGAAAAGUUGACCACUUCGUACUAGUAUGAUGACCAACUCGUCAAGAUGUGAACUACAUCAGCUACCCUUGUUUUGUACAACAUAUUUUCCAUCAUAUAUAUGCAAACGCAAGAUAGAAGCAAUAACCUUAUACUCUAAGGAUACUCGUGGAUUCUUUAUUCUGCAAAUAUUCUGGCCAACUCAUUCGCUUCUGAGUCCUUGCUUGUUGCAUUUUUCAAGCACAUCAAGACAAUUGUAAC